AUGGCAUCCAGCACGGCAAAGACACCAUCGACGGCUCGUACGACCCCGAGGUCCCUGAUCCCGGUUUUAUCGACUUCUCUCAAUGUCGGCAUGGCGCUUGGUGCUUGGAUCACAGUGAUCCCGUUUGCGAACGUGGCAUACCCAGGGCCCGCGGUGGCAGUAUGGUUCAAGGACUUUUUCAAGCCCGGUUUCAUCGGAAUCACUUCUCUCAGUGCAGUGACGAUUGCUUCAGGAAUCCGAUCGGCCCUUGUUCGGGAUACGUCUGGGUCAGCAGAGGGUCAGGCUAAAGCAAAGGCAGCCUCGCGAUGGGCGAUUGCUGGUCUUGUGUUCACGCUCAUUCAUUUCGGUUUUGGAAACUCUGUGCUCGCGAUUAUGGACCGGAUUCUUUCCAACCCAGAAUUGGCACAAGGCGAAAUGGCUGGCUGGAUCAAAUUGCAUACAGUGAGAACGCUGACGACUGAUGUGCCGGCUUGGAUCUGCUUUAUUGGAGCAUUGCUGUCUGAGCUGUAA